GAAUGCCCAGUGCCCCGGCGACGCGGUCGCGAGGUGCAGGCACCGAGAUGGACUCCGUGCGCGACCUCAAGCGUCUCCUCCACGAGCGAACGGAGGCGCUCAGGCGUAAGGACGAGGCCGUCGAGAGCCUCGAACGCGCCCUCGAGGAGCGUGACGCGACCAUACGCUAUUUGCGCAACGAGAUCGACAAGUUUCGGCAGAUCGUCGAUUUGGGCAUCGUCACCGGACCAUUGAAUCCCGACCGGAGGCUCAAGAGGCUCGCCAUAUCGGCGGAACCGCUGAGGAACGACUCUAAGCCCAUACGCAAAUUCAGCAAGCCUCUAAGGUCUCGUGAGCUGAUAAAGGCUGCGAUUUUAGAUAAUGAUUUUAUGAAGAAUUUGGAACUCACACAAAUUCGUGAAAUUGUUGACUGUAUGUAUCCUGUUACAUUUCCUGCUGGUUCAAUAAUUAUUCGCGAAGGAGAUGUCGGCUCAAUUGUUUUUGUUAUGGAAGAGGGUAAGGUGGAAGUCUCAAGGGACGACAAAUAUCUGAGUACCCUGGCUCCUGGUAAGGUGUUAGGCGAAUUAGCUAUUCUUUACAAUUGCAAAAGAACAGCGACCAUAACAGCAGCGACAGAUUGUCAGUUAUGGGCGAUAGAUAGACAAUGUUUUCAAACUAUUAUGAUGAGAACUGGCCUUUCCAGACAAGCCGAGUACACGGAUUUCUUAAAAAGUGUUCCAAUUUUCAAAGCUUUGCCCGAGGAAACUUUGAUAAAAAUCUCAGAUGUAUUGGAAGAGACUUUCUACAAUAAUGGUGACUACAUAGUUAGACAAGGAGCGAGAGGAGAUACAUUCUUUAUCAUUAGUCGAGGUCAGGUGCGAGUGACUAUCAAGCAACCUGAUACUACGGAGGAGAAAUAUAUUAGGACCUUGAGCAAGGGCGACUUCUUCGGCGAAAAAGCUCUUCAAGGUGAUGAUCUCAGGACGGCAAAUAUCAUAGCAGAUGACCCGGAUGGAGUUUCCUGUCUCGUUAUAGACAGAGAAACGUUCAAUCAAUUAAUAUCUUCUUUGGAUGAAAUUCGAAUGCGCUACAAGGAUGAACUAGUCGUACGCAGAAGGUUGAACGAGGAGUUCCGUGAGCUGAGACUUCAGGACCUACGCUCUUUGGCGACGCUGGGCGUCGGUGGCUUCGGACGCGUGGAGCUCGUCCAAAUAGCCGGCGACAACUCGCGAUCCUUCGCCCUGAAGCAGAUGAAGAAGGCGCAAAUCGUCGAAACGCGACAACAGCAGCACAUCAUGUCGGAGAAGAGGAUAAUGGGCGAGGCCGACUGCGACUUCAUUGUCAAGCUCUUCAAGACGUUCAAGGACCGCAAGUACCUGUACAUGCUCAUGGAGGCUUGUCUAGGAGGUGAGCUGUGGACGGUGCUAAGGGACAAGGGACACUUUGACGAUCCCACGACGCGCUUCUACACGGCUUGCGUCGUCGAGGCUUUCGACUAUCUUCAUUCGCGCAAUAUCAUAUAUAGGGAUCUCAAGCCGGAGAACCUCCUACUCGACAGUCAAGGAUACGUAAAACUUGUAGAUUUUGGUUUUGCCAAACGACUUGAGCACGGCAGGAAAACAUGGACCUUCUGUGGCACUCCGGAGUACGUAGCUCCAGAGGUUAUUCUCAAUAGAGGGCACGAUAUUAGCGCCGAUUACUGGUCACUCGGUGUCCUCAUGUUCGAACUACUCACCGGAACUCCUCCAUUUACCGGAGCAGAUCCUAUGAAAACUUAUAAUAUAAUUUUGAAAGGAAUCGACGCCAUCGAGUUCCCGCGAACAAUAACGCGCAAUGCUACUGUCCUCAUCAAAAAGCUUUGCAGAGAUAAUCCAGCGGAACGUCUUGGUUACCAAAAAGGAGGCAUUAGUGAAAUUCAAAAGCACAAGUGGUUCGAUGGAUUUAAUUGGGAGGGCCUGAGAGCAAGAACGCUGGAGCCUCCGAUAAUGCCAAAAGUUUUAAGUCCUGUGGAUACGACGAAUUUCGACGAGUAUCCGCCAGAUGCGGAUACACCGCCACCAGACGACGUAUCUGGAUGGGAUAAUGAUUUUUAACAUCAGGGAUCGAACGAAACGCCUUUACGGCUGUUGGAAAUCUAUUUUUGUAUUCGUCGCCAGCGCAUCCGCGGGACGGACAAAUAAUAUUUUUAUAAUUGACAAAUGUUGGCCUCUGGAACAAGGCUCAACUGUUGUAGAUUCAUGAAAUGAUGUCAUAAACAGCGAUCCAAAAUAAUCUUCAUUUUUGAUAAUUUAUUUGUCCAAGAUCUCAAAAUGAAGAAUUCUCGGACCACUGUUUACCACUGUCGCUUAUUUUUAGGGAAGAAAUUAUUAAAUUUUACUCGAAAACGUAUUACAAAAUGCACAAUGUUAUUGCGUAUAGUAAUUUUUAAUAGGAACCAAGGAACGAGCCCGUUAUGAAUAAUGGGCAUGACGUUACUGUGAAACAUGCAGUGAUGAAUCAAUUGUAAAAUCAUAAAAGAAUUUGUUGAUAAUUUUUUAAUACCGAUA